GGUGCUGGUACCGUGCAAAAGACGACUGAUCGGAAAUGGAUGAUCGUGAAAAUGAGGGAACAUCUUUUAUAUAUAUCCCAGCCGUGACAAACAAACGCAAACUCAUGUUAUAAAUUAUUGGGAGAAACCAUUUAUCUCAAACCUUUUUUGUAGCAGACGCCGAAAUGUUUACUUUCGUCCUGGGACCAAAUACAAAAUGAUAGCAAACCAAAAUGAGCGCUGAAGGAAACAAGAACUGGGUUCUUCCCACUGGGGACCCGGAGAAAGGGAAAAUACUAUAUGCAGAAAUAUGUGCUUCAUGCCACACUGUGGAGCCCGGUAGAACGGACCGGUCGGGACCAAAUCUAUCGGGGAUCUGGGGGCGCCAGGCAGGGACCCUACCCGGCUAUAAGUUUGCUGAAUCUGACGAAAAGAAAGGUAUAACAUGGAAUGACAGGAGUCUAUGGGAUUAUUUUGAGCGUGGUCAUAUACCUGGGACCAGGAUGUUCUUCCGAGCCUUACACAGGAACCAUCAGAAACGAGCAGAUGUCUUAGCAUACCUCAAGAUUGCUUCAUCGCCCCAGAAGUGAAGAUCGAAGGCUGAUUCCAAGUCUGUCUAACCGUUGUUCGCCCGAAUAGACAUUAAGCAUGCGACGUCAUAAUCGCAUGUAUAGCGCCCUCCCUUAGAGGAU